AUGGUUUUGAACAUUAUAAUAAACAUGUGAUAAUAAACAUUAUAGUAAAAUCCUUCCAAAUGGUCCUGAACCGAGUCAGCAUCCAGACAAACUAUGUUCUUCGGUUUGAUAUCAUUUGAGUACUGAGUAGACAUUCACAUUUUGGGAUAAGAAGAGUUUUUUUUCAUAAAUCGUAAAUAAGAUAAGAAGAUAUCAAUGGGCUUAUUCAAGCCCAAUUAGGCCCAAUCCCCGAUCGUAUCAGAUAACAACGCCGGCGACGGUGACACGUUCACAUUCACAUUUUGGGAUCAAUUUUGAAACUCUACUCCGAUAACUUCAACCAUAAUUCUCCGGCGAGUCAGAUCGACGGUGAGUUCUUCAGACCAAGCUCGAUUACAUGAUUGUGUGUCUGAUUUUGGGAUCAGUUCUGAAACUAUUUGAUACUUUAGGAUUUUGUUUCUUGCGAUGAAUUGCGAUAGAAUCUGCGAAUUGCCAGAUUCUUUACUAACUCAAGUACUCUCAUACCUUCCGACCAUAGAUUCCGUUAAAACAAGCGUUUUAUCGAAACGAUGGGAAUUUCUCUGGCUUAGGGUUCCUGUUCUCGACUUAAAAGUCAGCGAUUUCCCUGACGAAAACUACGCAAGCUUUAUCGACAAUUUUCUCGAGUUUAAUCGAAAAUCACGAAUGCGAAAAUUCAAGUUGAAGUAUGAUGAAUACACUUACGACGAUGAUCGGUUAGCUGGGUGGGUUGUAACAACGGUUGAUCGCGGAAUUCAACAUCUAGAUGCUAAAGGUUUUGAGACUAAUAUGUGUGUAAGAGAGUUCAUGCCUCAGAAUAUUUAUAAGUGCAAUACAUUGGUGUCUCUAAUGCUUGUAACCGUAGGAAUCGAGAAUCCAGAGUUCGUUGUUUCACUACCGUCUCUUAAGAUAAUGCAUUUAGAAGAUGUUUGGUAUUAUGAUGAUCCUUUGAUCAUGGAGAAGAUUAUCUCAGGUUGUCCUGUUCUUGAAGAUUUUGUAUUGAUUAGGCCUAUUGAUUUUUGUAAUCUAGAUGUUCUGCAGUUUCUUCGUGUGAGGUCUCUGAGUCUUAGAAGCUUUCGUCUUACGUUUGAGUAUAGUGUUUCUUGUACGUAUUUUUCGGUUGAGAUUGAUGCUCCUAGACUUGAGUAUUUGAAUUUUAAUGAUGACCAAUCUGAUACGAUUGUAGUCAAGAACAUGACUUCUUUGUCGAUGAUUGAUAUUGAUAGUGAAUUUAAUGUUAAGUUUGGCGGCAGUCGUUUGGAACCGGGGGAUUUACGCAAGAGAGAUAUCAUCCGUGAUUUUUUAACCGCGAUAUCUUGUGUAAGACAUAUGAUCAUCUCUCGGCGUACUUUAGAGGUCCUAGAUCGAUAUUCGAAGUUGGUACCUAUUCCGAAAUUCGAUAACUUGUACCGUUUACAAGCUGCGGUUUCUCGAUCCAUGUUGCAGUUGUUGCUUGUCUUUCUUGAGAGCUGCCCAAAUCUUGAAAACCUCAUCUUGCGUGUGCACCUGCAGGACUUUACUGUUUCAACGGAGCCUGAGCAAGAUGGACUUACCUAUGUCCCUCAGUGUUUGUUAUCGAGUUUGGAGUGUGUUGAGAUUAGAGAAUUGAUUAUGGGAGAAGAAACCGGGGAGAAAUUAGUGAGGUAUUUUCUCAAGAAUUCAGUAGUUCUCAAGAAACUCAUUUUGCGUUUAGAAGAUUCUUCGAUAGCAAACCAAGAUUCAGAUAUCUUCAAGGAGCUUAGUACUUUCACAAAGCGUUCUCGCAGCUGUGAGGUUAUCAUCAUUCAUUGACAAUGUUUAUAGAAGAUCAUUGUAGAAAUCUUUUGUUAUGAAAAAUUUGCAAUUAGGCUUAGCCUUUUCCAGACAUUGGUGUGGAUAAUAUUAACUGUAAAUUGUAUUACUUUCUUCACUUACUUGUAAGAUGUGAUUAUGAUUGAUUAUAAAAGCAAUUAAAUUACGUACGAAA